AUGACCCAACGCGUGAUGCCGUCGUCUCCAGUCGAAACCUCCUCGUUAUUGACGGAGACUUCGGUAGCCACAUCCAAGCCCGACAAUCAGUCAUACUGGCCAGCCAUUGGAAGUAAAGAUUCGAUCCCAGGAUGGCUGCGUGACAACGAAUUUAUCUUGGAAGGCCACCCGAUGCCCACAUAUUCAUAUAAGCGGUCAUUGCGCCUGUGGCGUUGUUUACAUAUGGAAACGAUGAACAUCUGGACCCAUCUUUUGGGCUCAAUAGGCUUCAUUGUCCUUGGUUUUACACUGAACAGCUUGGUGUCACUUUCAAACCUCAAGAUCACCUAUGGCGAUGUCUUUGCUUUUGGAUCCUUCUUAGCCUCGGCAACGAUCUGUUUCGGCCUCAGUGCUGGAUUUCAUACACUGAGAAGCCACUCCUACAACAUCCACCAUCUCUGGGGCAGAAUGGAUAUUCUUGGCAUCUGCUUCCUUGCUCUUGGAGCCGGUACGUCUAUGACAUACUACGCGUUCUAUUGCAGACCUCUUGUUCAGAGACUGUACUGGGGGCUUAAUCUAUUUUCUGCAAUUGGCGCCGCCGUCACUCUGUUUGAUACCGGUGGUGGAGGUAAUAGAAUGAGGAAUCUGAGGGGUGGUGUUUUCUCGUUACUCGCUAUCUCUGCCAUGUUGCCUAUCCUCCAAAGUGGGAUUGAGUUGGGUUGGCAUCGUGCAAGCAUUGAGAUUGGGGCUGGAUGGUAUCUUUUUGAAGCUCUCUCGCUUCUGACUGGAGUGACUGUUUUCGUCUGUCGAUUUCCAGAAAGACUGAGCCCCGGGACCUUUGACAUUUGGGGUCACUCACAUCAGCUUUGGCAUCUAUUUGCUGUACUCGGUAGUGCUUUUCAUAUUGUUGCUUUGUUGGCUGCUUAUGAUUAUCGCCGUUUGAAAGAAACAUGUUGA